AGAGUUGCUGUUUUACUGAAGGAGGACAACUCGUGAUCAAACAUGGACAAAGACAACCUCACUGUUGUGCUCCACGCGAAAGGAGACAUGCGACUGGAACAUCGACCCAUACCCGAGCCAGGACCAAAUGAGGUGUUGCUCCAGAUGCACUCGGUGGGGAUCUGCGGGUCGGACGUCCACUACUGGCAGCACGGCCGCAUCGGAGACUUUGUCUUGAAGAAGCCCAUGGUGCUCGGGCACGAGGCGUCCGGACGCGUCCUCAAAGUCGGCUCAGACGUCACGCAUCUCAAACCAGGGGACAGAGUCGCUGUGGAGCCGGGGGUACCCAGAGAAAUGGACGAGUAUUUCAAAUCCGGGCGCUACAAUCUUUCUCCUACGAUAUUCUUCUGUGCCACGCCCCCUGACGAUGGCAACCUGUGCCGAUACUACAAGCACAGUGCCAACUUCUGCUACAAGUUGCCAGAUAACGUGACGUUUGAGGAAGGAGCGCUGAUCGAGCCCCUAUCCGUGGGCAUCCACGCGUGUCGCAGAGCAGGGGUCACGCUUGGCAGCACCGUUCUCAUCUGCGGGGCAGGGCCCAUCGGUCUGGUGUGCCUGCUGGUAGCCAAGGCGAUGGGGGCCUCCAUGGCCGUCAUAACAGACUUGUCGUCAGAGCGUCUGGCCAUGGCCAAGGAGUUGGGGGCGGACUUCCCCGUGCAGGUGAAGAGGGAGGCCACACCUGAGCAGCUGGCCAAUCAGGUGGGAGAGUUGCUGGGGGCGCCGCCCCACAUCACCAUCGAGUGCACCGGCGUGGAGAGCAGCGUGCAGACGGGCAUCUACGCCACUCGGUCUGGUGGGGUGGUGGUGCUGGUUGGCCACGGGAAGCAGAUGGUCACCAUCCCGCUGGUCAACGCGGCCGUGCGAGAGGUGGACAUCAGAGGAAUCUUCCGCUACUGCAACACGUGGCCUAUGGCGAUCGCCAUGUUGGCCUCUAAGAAGGUGAAUGUGUCUCCGCUGGUGACCCAUCGCUUCCCCCUGGAGCAGGCUGUGGAGGCCUUCGAGACCACGCGCCAGGGCCUGGGGGUCAAGGUCAUGCUCAAGUGCGACAAGGACGACCAGAACCCCUAGAAUAUAACACACACACACACACACACACACACACACACACACACACACACACACACACACACACACACACAC